AUGGCUAACCAUGUCUGGAGUAUUCUCACUAAACGGAAGUCCCUUUGGGUCCAAUGGAUAUACUCGCAUAAGUUAAAUGGCAGAAGCUUGUGGGAUGUUCAACCGCGGGGGAGUGUUAGUUGGGGUUGGAGGAAAAUUUUGGCCAUAAAAACUGCUAUUCGGCCGUUUGUUUGGAAAGUUGUUCGAAAUGGUUCUCAAACUAAUGCAUGGAGUGAUAACUGGAGCCAGCUUUGUCCGCUUAAUUCGUUUAUUACCCCUAGAAAUAUAGCAAAUGCGGGAUUUAAUCUUAAUUCUUCGCUUACGGAUCUCAUUGAUGACAAUGGCCAGUCGAAGUGGCCACGUGCGUGGUAUGAUAUUUAUCCGGUUUUAAUUGGGUUAAGUGUCCCUCAAUUGACUCAGAAUAUGGAGGAUAGUACAGCCUGGAAAGACUUGGAAGGUAACACUAGGCCUUUGGGGUCGCUAGAAGUGUGGCAUAAUAUUCGAAGUCGGGAACAACCAGUUACGUGGGUCAAUGGUGUUUGGUUUAGUCAAUGUAUUCCAAGGCACUCUUUCCAUCUAUGGUUGGUUAUCAAGAAUAAGCUCAAGACACAAGAUAGGUUACCCAUUUGGGAGGCGGGGAGUGAAACUAAUUUGCGGCUUAUGUGUUGUCCUUUUUGUAGGAGUGACCGGGAUUCAAGAGACCAUUUGUUUUUCAGUGUUCGUUUGCAACUCAAGUGUGGCUUUCUGUCAAAUCAAUGGUGA